AUGGGAGCAGCGAUUACCAAUCCUUUUUAUCUCACAUGUUUGAUUAUUUUAUCACUGAUGCAAGUAACCACAAUUGCCGGUGAAAAACAUUCGUAUGUUGUCUACUUGGGAUCUCAUUCUCAUGGUCCAGAGAUCUCAUCAACUGAUUUGGAUCGAGUAACUGAAUCACAUUAUGAGUUUCUUGGAACAUUCUUGGGAAGCAACAAGGCUAAAGAUGCCAUCUUUUACUCCUACACGAGACAUAUUAAUGGCUUUGCUGCAAUCCUUGAAGAGGAAGAGGCAGCACAGAUAGCUAACCAUCCGGAUGUAGUUUCGGUGUUUUUGAAUAAGGCGAGGAAAUUACACACAACCAGGUCAUGGGAAUUCCUAGGCUUAGAGAAUAAUGGAGUAAUCCAUCCCAGCUCCAUCUGGAAGAAAGCUAGAUUCGGAGAAGAUGUGAUCAUUGGCAAUCUUGAUACUGGUGUUUGGCCGGAAUCAAAGAGCUUUAGCGAUGAAGGGUUUGGCCCAAUACCAUCCAAGUGGAAUGGCAUCUGUGUAAAUGGUCUUGAUAAAUCUUUUCGCUGCAACAGGAAGUUGAUUGGAGCAAGAUACUUUAAUAGAGGUUUUGCUUCUGUAUACGGACCUCUUAAUUCUACAUACGAGUCACCACGUGAUGAUGAUGGUCAUGGAUCACACACCUUAUCAACUGCUGCUGGUAAUUUUGUUCCUGGAGCCAAUGUUCUUGGGUAUGCAAAUGGCACAGCAAAAGGCGGAUCUCCCAAAGCACGGGUGGUGGCAUACAAGGUCUGCUGGCUCUACAAAGGUGAAGGUAGUUGCUUUGAUGCAGAUGUAUUGGCUGCAGUUGAUGCUGCUAUCUUCGAUGGUGUGGAUGUGUUAUCCACCUCACUUGGAGGUUCUCCUGGUACUCCAUUUUUUGAAGACGGUAUUGCUAUCGCCUCUUUUCAUGCUGCUAAGCAUGGCAUAUCAGUAGUUUGCUCAGCUGGAAAUUCAGGACCUCUGGCCGGUACAGUUGCCAAUGUAGCUCCCUGGCAAUUCACUAUUGGAGCAAGCACUAUGGACCGUGAGUUUCCAGCUUAUGUUGUUCUUGGUAACAAAAUGCAGUUCAAGGGACAAAGCUUAUCUAAGGCAUUGCCAAACAAGUUGUUCUAUCCACUUAUUAGCUCUAAAGGUGCCAAAGCUGUACAUGCCACCAUAGAAGAUGCAGAGCGCUGUAAACCUAAUUCUCUGGAUCCAAGAAAGGUGAAGGGAAAAAUCAUAUUAUGUCUUAGAGGCGACAACGGAAGGGUUGACAAGGGCAAUCAAGCUCUUAUAGCAGGCGCAGUUGCAAUGAUUCUUGCCAACGAUAAAGAGUCAGCCAACGAGAUUAUUGCGGAUCCUCAUGUCCUCCCGGCUUCACAUAUAACAUAUUCUGAAGGUCUUGCUGUGGCUCGUUACAUACGCACAGCCAAGUCUCCAGUUGCUUACAUAACCCCUCCCACAACUCAGUUAGGAGUGAAACCUGCUCCCUUCAUGGCAGCUUUUUCGUCCCAGGGACCGAGCUCCGUUGCACCAGAGAUCCUUAAGCCGGAUAUUACUGCACCAGGAGUAUCCAUACUAGCCGCUUACUCCUUGGAAGCAUCGCCAACAAAUGAAAAUGAGGAUAAGCGGAGGUUUCCUUAUAAUAUCCUAUCAGGCACUUCGAUGUCAUGCCCUCAUGUGGCCGGGAUCGUUGGCCUACUAAAAAGCAUUUAUCCGAACUGGAGCCCUGCUGCUAUCAGAUCCGCAAUCAUGACCACAGCAAGAAUGAGGGACAACAGGAGGCAUCCAGUAACCGAUGCAUCCGGAUUAAAGGCAACUCCGUUUAGCUACGGAUCAGGACAUGUCCGCCCAAACCGUGCUGCGGAUCCUGGCCUCGUGUACGACUUAACUGUCAAAGACUACUUAAAUUUUCUCUGCGGCCUCGGCUACAAUUCAUCUCAAAUAAAAAGCUUCACAAAAGAACCUUACACUUGCCCGAAACACACAGCCCUUGCGAACCUAAACUAUCCUUCGUUCUCUGUACCUAAUCUCAACUCCACAAUAACCGUGACUCGGACUGUUAAGAAUGUAGGUUCUCCUGGCUCUUACAGAGCACGUGUCGUGUCUCCGCUUGGAACAUCUGUGAUUGUGGAGCCAAAGUAUCUGAAGUUCGACAAGGUUGGGGAGGAGAAGAGCUUUAAUCUGACUGUGAAGCUACGACAAAAAGAUGCAGCUAGAGAUUAUGUAUUUGGACAUUUGACAUGGACGGAUGGCAAACAUCAUGUGAAGAGUCCUAUUGCUGUCAAGGCAGGCUCAACACAAGUUAUAGCUAGUUAG